UACAUGUCUAUUAUUGACAUUGAGGUGCAAACACAAUUGAAUUAUAUUCAAAUCCAAUUAGUAAACAUUUGCAUUGGCAAAUUGUUGAAGUCAGCAUCAUGGAUGCGGAGCAGCUGAAACGACUUGAGCGCAAGGAAACCGCCUACAUCGCUGACAUACUUACCCAGUUUAAUACGAAGAAUGCAGAUUUGCUGGUCUUUGAUAGCUUUCACACGGACAAUCUGUGGCACGAUCUCUGGCUGGCCAUAUUUGGAAUACUGGAUGACGAGAGUUUAUCAUCAUUGCACGCCCAAUGUCUCAACACUGUGCGCAUUCUAACGCGAGAUGAGUUCAGCCUGCAGACGCACUAUAUUGAGCAGGAGCUAGGCACGCUGUUAUCUCUGGCCCGCAUCAAUGGCAGCACCAGCAGCAACAGCGACGACGACGGAACGCUGCCCCAAUUAACUCUGAGCGAUGGCGAGGCUGAUGUCAUUGCCGAAUCCUUGAAAUGUAUCUGCAAUUUGGUCUAUCAAAGCGCGGACUGCCGGCGCCAGUGUCUGCGCCAGCACAGCCUCGACGCGAUUGUGAAGCGCUUGAAUAGCGCCACCUCCUGUGCGACACGCUAUCCGAGCACCCUGGAGUACUAUGAUAUGAAACUGUUGUUCCUGCUCACCGCACUGGAGCCAACAGCGCGCACACGCCUACAAAUCGAUCUCAAUGGACUGACCUACAUGACCAACUGGUUGGACGACAAGCUGACCGAGUCGGCGACGGCAGCGGUCAGUGACGAGCAACUGAACAUUAUCUGUGAGCUGCUCAAGGUCAUGUUCACCGUGACCAGUGCACCGGACAAGAGUCCCAACGAGUAUGAGAUUCAAAGUCUUCACUUGACCGGCGUUCUGCGCGAGCUACUAUUGCGCUUUGGCAACCUCUCUACGGAACGGGAGCGAGCUGUGGUCACGCAUGCCAUCAAUCUGCUGACCAACAUCUCUGGCAGCUGCUUGAGCGAGCUGCUGGUCAAGUGCAGCAAUGCCGAAACGGGGACAGAGAACGAAGCAGUCAGUGCCAAUGCGAAAUGCUGUGCCGUCUGCUUCGAGAAGCGCAACGUGCGCAGCCUGGCCGUGCUGUUGGAUUAUCUGCGCGGCGGACUCGCCCAGCAGGAGUCCGAGGCCAGUUCCCAUGAGCUGCUGUCGCCAGUGCUGACGGUGCUGGUGAAGUGUGCUCGCAGCAAUCGCACCAUGCGCCACUAUUUGCGCAAGGAGAUCCUGCCGCCGCUAAAGGAUGUGAGCAAGCGGCCAGAGGUUGGCAACGAGCUGCGCAAUCAUCUCUGCCGCUUUCUCACACUGCCGGCCAUGAUCCUGCGCGACCUGUCCGCCGAGCUGCUGUUUGUGCUCUGCAAGGAGGACGUCGGUCGCAUGAUCAAAUAUACGGGCUAUGGCAAUGCGGCCGGGCUGUUUGCUAAGCGCGGCGUGCUCGACUGUCGGCGCAUUGAGGGCACCGACUACUCCUCGGACAGCGAGGACAGCGACACGGAGGAGUAUAAACAGCAGCAACAGUCCUUCAAUCCCGUGCUGGGCUGUGUCGAGCAGCCCAAGCGCAAUCCGCUCGAGGGCAUGUCCGAGGAGCAGAAGGAGUACGAAGCACUGCAAUUGGUCAAUUUGCUGGAACAGCUGCGCAAGGAUGGCAUUGUGCAGCCGGCGCUAAUCGACAAGGAUGGCAAGCCGCAGCCCCUGGAGCAUAUACUGCAGCUGCAGGAGGAGCUGCCGCAGCAGCAGUUCGAACAGAAACGCAAAACCUAAACGUUGGAUCGCACCCUUAACGCGAUCCCUCGUCUCAACAUGCAAUACAAUCGUUUGGGGUCUUCCAACUCGCAGCACCAGCGUCAAAUUUUUGGAAGCUGAUAGAUAGCUAACACCCAUUACUAAAGUGGAUGACUGUUAUCCAUUAAUCUUUGAUACUACGAACACAAUCUAUGCUCGCUAAUAUUCCAGUAUACAUUUACUAAACUAACACUAAACUAGGGCCAACAUCCAGAGCUAAACUCGGACUUGGGGCAACCAGCAGAGAACAUUCUCUGUACCUCUUUAACGACUUUGUAAGUGAGAAUUUUUGUCAUUUAUGUAUCUCCACUGUAUUUAUUACCGCUUAAGCUCAACGUCAAACUAUAACUUCAAAGGGAAGUAUAUGCAAAAACAAGAGACCU